AUGGCCAAGAUAACGAUUGCGGAACCCCUUCCAUCAGGCGUCGCACCGGCACUCGUGCUUCGGCUCCUGCAAAGCCAUGAUGAUCUGAUGGAUCUAGGCUCUCUGACCAAAGAGCGGCACCCCAUUAAGCCACCUGCCGAGGCGCCGCCAGAGGAGCAUCACCAUACAUGGCAAUGGUAUAGCAUAACAGAAAAAUUCAGACUACCCAAGGAUGUAGGCUCCGGGGAAUUCGGCAGCAAAGUCGGCUUCCUCGAUCUACCUAACGGUAUGAUCUCCCAUGUCUACUCGCAAUUAGGAGUCGAGGUCCGAGAUUAUUGGACUAUUUCGACUAGGCCGCCCAAGUCAAACAAGGAGUCUUCACUUUGGCUCAAAGUGGAUAGUGAGAUCAAAUGCAAACUUAUUCUCAAAUCAUUUGUGAAGUGGAAGGUCAAGCAAUCGCGGCUCGGAUUUGUCCAUCGGGUGAUUGAUAAGAUUCAAAACCCUCAUCAGUUCGGCAUUGAAAGUUUAGGCCAAACCCGCAGUAGCCCGAGUACGGCGGAAACUGAAGGGCCGGCAUACUUCGGUGUUGACUUAUCAUCUCCGUAUACCAAUGACAGCAGUAUAUCGCCGGGUACGCCAGGGUCAGGCAUGUUCGAGCUCGAGAGCCCCGAUGCGGCCGUAGCCGAGUUGGAUAGCACGCGACCAGUGAAAGAGCUCGACAGUCGAGAGAUCGGACCUGGAUCAACACAGCACCGCAUGUUUAAGCCCUCUCCCGAGACAGAGAAGCAUGAUCUACAAAAAGGAGCGGUUGCUGAAUUAGACGGUGUUGAGCUGAGGAAUCUGUCAGCUUGUAUAUCGCCGAAGAAUCGCUAA